CACCGGCGGAGGUACCGGAGGAGGUACCGGAGGAGGUACCGGAGGAGGUACCGGCGACACCGGCGGGCCCCUCCCGCGGGCCGGCACCGGGCACACGAUGCGUCCCCAAAGCCCCUGGGCCGCCGGCCCCGCUGCGCUGCUGCUCCUCGCAGCCUUGGCGGCCCCCGAGGCGCUGCCCAACGCCCGCGGCAGGAAGAAGGUGGUUCAUGUGAUGGAGGGUGACAGCGGCGCCGUGGUGGUGCAGACAGCUCCGGGCAAGGUGGUGACACACCGCGGCGGCACCAUCAUCCUGCCCUGCCGCUACCACUACGACAUCUCCGCGCACGACCCGGCCGAGAUCCGCCUCAAGUGGACCAAAGUGACGGAGCCCAUGGAUUUCGUGGACGUGUUCGUGGCUCUGGGCAAAGCCCGCAGGGCGUUCGGGCCCUACCGGGGUCGCACGGCCCUGCAGGAGGACGGGGUGGGCGACGCGUCCCUCAUCAUCCGCAACGUCACCCUGCAGGACUACGGGCGCUACGAGUGCGAGGUGACCAACGAGCUCGAGGACGACACCGGCGUGGUCAAGCUGGACCUGGAAGGGGUGAUUUUCCCGUACCACCCUCGCCUGGGGCGCUACACGCUGAAUUUCCACGAGGCGCAGCAGGCGUGCCUGCAGCAGGACGGGAUCCUGGCCUCGCACGACCAGUUGCACCAGGCCUGGCUGGAGGGGCUGGACUGGUGCAACGCGGGCUGGCUGCAGGACGGCUCCGUGCAGUACCCGAUCUCCCGGCCCCGCGAGCAGUGCGGCCGCAAGGACACCCCCGUGGGCGUCCGCAACUACGGCUACCGCCACAAGGAGAGCGAGCACUACGACGCCUUCUGCUUCACCUCCAACCUCAACGGCAAAGUUUAUUUCCUGAAAACCUUCCGCAAGCUCAGCUACCCGGAGGCCGUGCAGGCGUGCAAGAACAACGGCGCGGCCGUGGCCAAGGUGGGCCAGCUGUACGCGGCCUGGAAGCUGCAGCUGCUGGACCGCUGCGAGGCGGGCUGGCUGGAGGACGGCAGCAUCCGCUACCCCAUCGUCAACCCCCGCGCCCGCUGCGGCGGCCGCGAGCCCGGCGUGCGCAACCUCGGCUUCCCCGACAAGAAGUACAAGCUCUUCGGCGUGUACUGCUUCAAAAAAGCCGGGGAAGCCCCGCCCGUGGUGGCCGCGGGGGUCCCCAAACGCGUGUGAGGCUCGGGGUGGUCCGGCAGCACCGCCGGGUUUGGUUUGGGGUCUCCCCUUCAUCACCCCCCACCCCCCCGAGCCCCGCGCGGUGCGGGGAGCUGCGGGCAGCCCCUGCCGAGGGACGGAGAGGUGGCAGCGGCGCGGGCUGGCGGCCCUCGGUGGCGCUUGGGGACACCGGGGCAGCGGGAGGGGACGGGUUUGGUGAGCCCAGCCAGGAGCCUGCGCCCCCCACCCGGGGCUGGCCCCCCGCUCCUCGCAGCUCUCGCUUCUCGACGCGCCUGUUGCAUGAGCUAAAGCGCCGCAGAGCCCCCCGCCCUCCUCAUCCUCACCGCGUCGCCGCGCUGACCGCCCCCGGGAGGUGCCGCAAGACCCCCCCAAAAUCCCCCCGUGGCGCUGGGCAAGGACUGGGGGCACCGGGUUUGGCUUCGUGCCUCGGCAGCCGGGGGGUCCCGCAGCCCCCCGGGGCAGCUCCCGCUUGGCUUGGCAGGGGCCGGAGCGGGGAGGGGCCGGGGGGCAGCGGCCGCUGUGCCCACCCGGCCGGGCACCGGCCGCAGGCUUUGGCAGCCCUGGACGUAGAUGAAAUAAAAG